UAGUCGUUACUAGAUCUUUCAUUAUCAUAUGUUUUCCGCACACUGUUGCAAGUGUUAACAUUCAUACACCUGCGAGCUGUUUAAGGCAGUGCAGACUCAUCGCCGAAAAAAAAUCUCUACUCCAAAACACCGUUUUAUUCUUAUCGUGGAGGACUACGCGGGGUUAAUUUUGCGAUUGCUUGACGUACGUUGCGCGAGCUCACCACCUCGGCAAUAUGAUUAUAACGCUGAAAAACUUACAGCAGCAAACCUUCACGAUAGAGAUCGACUCGUCGCAAACUGUCAAAGAUCUCAAGGAGAAGAUCGAAACGCAGAAAGGCUUCCCCGCCGAACAUCAGAAGUUGAUAUACGCUGGAAAAAUAUUAGCGGACGAGCAGCCUUUAGCAGAAUAUAAUAUCGAUGAGAAGAAAUUUAUAGUUGUUAUGGUAACAAAGCCUAAAACUGGUGCUACACCUAAAACAAGCGAAGAACAGCGCACAGAGGGUGGUGAUAAGAAGGAAGAAUCUACUAGCUCGGCAACUACACAACCUAGUUCGAACCCUAAUGUUCAGGAUACUAUACGAGCAGCUAGUAAUGUGCAAGAGCAACCCGUAGCAGCUGCUCCAGCGGCUGGUCAAGCAGAAAGUGCCUUGCUAAUGGGAGAGGAUUAUAAUACUAUGGUAAACAACAUUAUGGAUAUGGGGUAUGAACGUGAGCAGGUCGUACAGGCGCUGCGCGCAAGUUUUAACAAUCCUGAUAGGGCUGUCGAGUAUCUCAUAACAGGUAUACCAGCGCAACUCUUCGAGGAUCCACCUGAAGAUCCACCAGAAGCUCAAGAACAACUUCAGGAUCAAAGUCAAGAUCCAUUGGCCUUUUUACGUUUGCAGCCACAAUUUCAACAAAUGCGUCAGGUCAUUCAACAGAAUCCACAGUUGCUGAACAAUCUUCUUCAGCAAAUCGGUUCCACUAAUCCUGCCCUUUUACAGCUUAUUUCUCAAAAUCAGGAAGCAUUUGUACGCAUGCUCAAUGAACCUGGUUAGUUUAGUGGUGCCUUUUCUCGUAUUGGCGCUGUGAAUGGUGGACCUGGCGCGGGUGCAGCAACGGGCGUAGGAUCUGGUUUAAUACAGAUAACACCACAAGACAGAGAAGCUAUUGAAAGGUUGAAGGCGUUAGGUUUCCCAGAACAUUUAGUCGUACAAGCAUAUUUCGCCUGUGAAAAGAACGAAAAUCUCGCUGCUAACUUCCUACUUUCGCAAAACCUUGACGACUGAAUCGCUCAUCUUGAUUUUGCGCGGUGUUUCGAAUAAAGAACGGGACUGACAGAGGGUGGAUGAUCGCACCAUUAUCAUUUUUACCUUACAAUAAUCAUCUUUAUUUUGUAUAUAGAUAUAUACAAUAUCUAUGCUAUUUUAUUUGUUGUGUAGAUAAAAUCCUGGUGUGUUUGGUAAGCGAUUGAAUUUAAAGAUAAGCGCAUACCAUAACAUUACAUAUAUGUCGACUCUUUUAAGCAUUGUUUCAUAUUUUUAAAAACAUUUCAUUCAAUAUCUAACACAUGUUUAUGAGAGAAAGAAUUGUUGCUUACAGCAGAUGAUGUUAUGAAAUCCAUCCUUAUAGCCUACAAGUGCUCUAAGAUCUUAUAUUUCUUUAAUAUAUAUGGAGCAAUAUAAUUGCAUUUUUAUAUGAGAAAGCCUUACGAGCCUUACUCUGCAGAAGAAUACCUUGCAGUAGUUAUAUAUUGAGGGUCGGGCAUAUAUAAAUUGAAGAUGUGUUCACUCUCGCGUUAAGGUAUGUUUUAUACAUAUCUAAAUGUUUGCAUGUAGGUAUAAUAAGUGCAUUUUGUAUAUUUCUCGGCUUUCUGAUAUAAAAAUUAUAGAAUGCAUCUGUUUGGGUACGUGUACUUGCAUAUAUUCGUAUUAAUGUAUGUAUGUACAAAGAGAUUUCUAUUUUGAAAUGAUAAUACUGUGGUAAACUAAUUUAAAUAUUAAAAAGCUCUCUUAUGAUACACACAUGUUACAAAUCAGUAAAUUGUAAUAGUUUGUCAUAAAAUAUGUAACUUGCCA